UAGCACAAAAGUCUCGAGUCAGAAAAAUAGGAAGUCCUCAUCAGCUACUCUUCAUCAUCACCUACUCUUCACCUAAGAGAAUCUUCUCUGGGUCCAGUGUCCUCAGCAGUCCCAAAUACUAGUUUCCACAAUAAAACCUCAUCGAACAGUUACAAUUAACCUUGAGAAAUAGAGCAACGAAAGAAAAUAGCACAAAAGUCUUAUGUCAAAAAAAUAGGAAGUCCUCAUCAGCUACUCUUCACCUAAGGGAAUCUUCUCAGGGUCCACUAUCCUCAGCCCAAAUACUAGUUUCCACAGUAAAACCUCAUCAUAGACCAGAGAAAUACCUCAAAGACCAUAGAAAUAGCUCAUAGACCAGAGAACCAGUGCGAGAGAACAGCACAAAAGAGUAAAACUAUUUGUGGAACGCAAAGAAGAGCGAAAGUCAUCGACGCGUACGUUUGGUUCGUUGCUCCAUCGAUGCGUGCGACAAACUUGCUUUCCGCGCGUGGUGGCGGAAACUGUUGGAAAACGUUGGCGGGACAACAAUGCUAGAUUUCGCGAAUCGUAGGGAAAACCGAGGCGCCUGCGUGAAGCAACGCGUACGCGAACUACAUAGAUAGGUAUAUAGGAGCGCGUUAGCCGCUCGAGGCGUCACAUUGCGUCCCCGAGUACGUCCUUCGUCUUCCUCGAGCGGUCGACCGGCGUUUCACGAGAACAUCCGUAAGAAACUAGCGAAAGAUCUCCCGCGAAUGCUGUGACUUUCCUCGAUCGAUAUCGAACCGUUCGAUCGAUGGGCAACGGGCUGAUUCCAUUGACGGUGGUGGCGAUGGUGUCCGUCGUCGCGGGGACCAUCGGCCAACGAGCUUUCGGCAAGAGGAAUCUCGAUUAUCCAGACUACUCCGCCAAAUACGACGAGUAUCCGGUGGUAGUACCAAAGAGGGCAGCUCUCCUGUUCGACCAGCUAAUGGUCGCCCUACAAAAGGUGGUAGACAACCAGAACCGAGAAAACCUCGGCAGUAGCAGAUCAUUCUCGAGAUCUUCUCCCCGUCUCUCAGCCGACAGCUCUCAAAUCGUUUCUCCAGCAGACGAACAAACGGUGAAGAUGGAUCUCCAACGACGAGGCCAACCAAAAGGACGAGUCUACUGGCGCUGUUACUUCAACGCGGUGACAUGCUUCAAGAGAAAGUGAUAACGAGCCGGUGUAACCAGUCUGUAAUCGCGACUUCAAGACCCGACUCGACCACGAGAUUCCUCGCAUGCUUUUCCCGUUCAGACAAAUAAAUUGCGCUUGGGACAAGCGCGAUCGUGACUCCGUUUAAUUCUCUAGUUUUCCGAGUCGGGAAUUGUCUCCCUCGCGGAUCCAUCAUCUUUCUUUCUCUCGUCGACGACCGCUGAGGCAACGGAUCUACGAAACAUUGUCAACUAUUUAUCUUAUAAAAUGAUCGGCAUUCGAUUAAACGUACUCAACAAACGCAGCAACGCAAACACGAAACGAUUGGUACUCGCGAAAACACACCCGAACCCUAUCCACAUCCCGAGUCCGAAAGGUAAGUUUUGAUAGACACGAGGUCUUCGAUGGGUAUUGUAUCGAAUAAAGUGA